AUGCACAGUAUCGCCAUCGGUGAAUUUUCUGUCCUGAGCGGUGGUAGGACGCGUUUCCGCGUCGCGCUAGACGGAUUUGGUCGACGUUUGCUCUUGGCUCUUCAUGCUGGGGUCAGUUCGGUGGAGAAAGACGCAUUGUCGAAUAAUAAUGUGUACAGUAUGAUGGUGGUAUGCCGGCAGCGUGAGAAUGCUGAAGAGCAGUUGGCCCGUGAGAUGAGCUGGAAUGCAUUUCUCCUUUUGCUUGGCUUGGUAGACAUGCUUUGCGUUUGCGUCAUCCUUGGCUAUAUCAGAACCUCGAUACUAAACCGAGCCCCAGCUACUACACGUGACCUCUUGGCAUGA